CGACGGCCCACAACAAAUGCCGCGGUCGUUGCUUGUCAAUGACGUCUAGGGUGGAGGCACUGCUGGGCAGCACGGAGAUUAAGAGAUUGAGAUUCGAGACAGUAUGUCCCGCUCCAGUAGUAGGUAUCCUGUUCCUUCAAGCCCUCGGAAGACGUGCGAAACACGGAGGCCGGCGAUGCUGCUGCCCAUUGUUGGUUUUAUUCUGGCAAAGCCCUCUAGGAUCAAGAAUUUGCCUUGUCCGGAUGCUGGUCUUCUGGUUUCUUUCGUCUCAAGGGCCGGGCGAGUUGCAGGAGCUCGGUCCGGGUUCGUGGAUCCGACCCACCGUGGCCCACCGGAAUGUCCGGAAUGUCCGGUGCCCUACAGUACUUACGUCUAGGUGUGACGCGUCUCUGAGCAUAGUUAUCGCGCUGGGCUUCGGUGUUAGCCUACUGUUACUACCACACACUUACAACACAAGUCCAGGAGAGACGCUCCGAUCCCGCUGCAUCUCAUCUAAGCCAUCUCGAUGGCGGAAGAGGCGCUUGGUUGAAGACAUAUGGAUACGCAGGAAUGUUGCCGGCAGUUUUUGGGCACAGAGCAC